AGAUAGUCUACGUGUUAAAAACGCUCAAGAUGUACCCACUUGUACUGGAAGUAAUUUAAGGGAAAGGCUAAUAACAGCAGAGAGUAUCACGUGCACCGAGUACCUGCUCACUCUGAGGGGGGUUGGACAUGAUGGGAGGCGUUUCUAGCUUUAGAGGCGCGUUGCUCACAGACAUUUCUUGCGCUCCCAGCAGUUGGGUUGAAGAACUGGUCGAGUUAGCAGUUGGCGUUGAAUGCAUGAAACACGGACGGAAUCUGCUCGUUUUUCAAAAAGUGAAAUGAGCUGGGACGAAAGAAACGCUGCGUAACGGAGACAGCACCCCUGCAACGACGAGAGACUGGUGCGCCUUGGCACCGGAGGGAAGCAGCAAACUUCACUGACGAGCUGAGCAUCAAUUUAGGACAAAAGACCGGCACACUUUUCCGUGGACUAUUUUCUGUAAUGUAAAUUUAUACUCAAUUUAAGAUCCAGAAUAAGGUGUGAAAAGCGUCCGUGUUGUGCUCAUCUUGCUCUCUCAAACCGUGCCAAUGCUGGAAUGGCUUGUGGCUCUGUGCAUUGUGAUCCUGGUGGUCUUAAUCUGGCCAGGCUCCAAAUAUUUUGCCACCGAGAGCCACCCGGAUGCUUUGCUUCAAGGACUGGUAAUGUCACAACAGGCAAUGAAGGACAAGACCGGGAGGUGCGUCUCAGACCGAGAGGGGAGCGACGGUGCCCAGACGGCCAGUGCGGGUGCGGGGACCGAUGAGAAAGCACGCACCGUGGCACUGAUCUGCAAACCGUCUGCGCUGGCCAACUAUCUCCUGAAACACUGCAGAACCUUCAGUAAUUUCUCGCCGUGUGUCGGGUGGACGUGGCGAGCCAGCGCCUUCCUCCAGAGUGCUUACGAGGCGUGCUGGCCGUACGACAGCCCGGUCCAGUUUGUGCGGGACAACCUGCAGCUGAGCGACGAUGGGCUCGUGGCCUUGGACUGGGCAGUGCCAUCCUACCAGAAGCGACGCAGGACUUCCAGCCACUCCACCAGUCCCAUUCUGCUCAUCAUCCCAAACUCUUUUGGGAAGAUCACUAGAAAUGUGUUAAAGUUGUGUGAAACAGCACUGUCCCAUGGCUACCUUCCAGCAGUUUUCAACCGCCGCAGCCACAACGGCACCCCACUCACCACCCUCAAACUGCAGCAGUUUGGUGACCCCGCAGAUCUGCGUGAGGCUGUGCGCUACAUUCGCUACCGACAGCCUGCAGGGAGGCUGUAUGCAGUGAGCGAGAGCACCGGGUCGGGCCUUCUCCUGUCUUACCUGGGGGAGUGUGGAUCAUCCAGCUACGUGACGGCGGCCGUCUGUCUGUCGCCCGUGUUCCGCUGUCAGAGCUGGUUUGAGAACGGGCUGUGCUGGCCCUUGCAGUGGGUGCUGGUGCUCUACCAGAAGAUAUGUCUCAGCAGGUACAAGACGGUGCUGGGUGAGACCAUACAGACAGACGCCCUGUUUUCUAGCUGUUCCUUGCGUGGCCUGGAGGAGUCGUUGUUCUGUCAGGCUGGACAUGUGGACUCUGCGCCAGCAGCACCAACAGGGAUCAGCAGUAGCAGCAAUACGUCAGGUGCCUGGGAUGCUUACUGGGAACGCAAUGAACCCCUGAGAGAUGUGGACGAAGUGGCUAUUCCCGUUCUGAGCGUUUGUGCUCAGGAUGACCCGGUCCGCGGUAACACCCAAUCCACGGUACCCUUGGAACUCUUUGAGACAAACCCACAUUUUUUUCUCCUCCUAACUGACUGUGGAGGUCACUGUGGGUUCUCUACCCAGUCCGAGGGGAGUGCCGCCGGUGCAUUUGGUGCAGUCAGUUCUGCGGCUGCGCCGAACAGUGGAAUGGGGAGCCGUGGGACCAACUGGAGCCACAAAGCUCUGCUGGAAUUCUUCAGGGCGACCACAGACUUCUUUGCUGCAGAGGACAGAGCGAAGCAGCUUGCUGCAAGGAGGAGGGGGCUGGGGGGAGGCACAGGAGGGAGGGCUUUCCGGCACCGCAGCGUCAGUACAUGUAAACGAAUGCCAGCGUGUUCCCAUAAUAUCCAUGCCAUUUACAACUGGCAGAGGUCCUAUACACGAUGAGGGAGCUUAAUGGAAGUUAAUGGACUACACUGAUGCCUUCUGGUAUUGUAUGGAUGUGGGAUGUGAAGGACUCAGGUUGUUCUUUGCCCAUGUGACACUCAGCUACAAAGUGUUAAGAUAGCCAAAACUAGAAAAGUGCAGCAGUUGUGAAGUACUGAGGUCAUAGAGUACUUUUAAGUGAGAAAGUGUGUGUUGUUCUCACACCCUUGAUGUGAGCCAUAAAACACUAGCAUAGAAAAUAGAUCAUGACAGGCCACAAGCUUGCACAGAGUUGUUAUGUUUAACUGCCGAACAGUUGACACUAAACUCUCAAGAUGAGUGGCUAUAUAUUUUUCUACAGACUGAUCCAAAUCUCUUCACUGCCAGCUGUUAAAACUGAAGGAUUCUGUCACAGUUUUAUCAACACACACACAUUCAUCUGCCUCACAUUUGACAUAGUUUGCUACAUUUGCAACCACAGCUGCAUCACCAUUUGGGAUAUUUCAUACCUUGACAUUUACUGUAGUAUCUUACUGUUAUUCAUUUUAUCACUGAAAGGAUAUUUAUUGGGGAGCAAAAGUGUUGAAAGUCUUAUGUCUAGAGUAGAAAGGGAAAAAAAUCCAGUGCAAAUUUGAAAUUAAUUCGAGCUAAAUGUCAAAUGAGUUUAAGUAACUCAUCCAGUGUUAUUGUACACAUUAAAGAGAAUUUUCUGUGUGUAUUAUUGAAUGUUCUCUUCUGUAUGGGGUAAUGUCCUGUGAUGCCCAGAAUAGAGGAACUUAUGUGUGAUUGUCAACCAGUCAGUCAGCUUUUAGAGGAAAGUCUGUGUCAUGAGGUUAUAUUUUAAGGAGCUGGGUGGCUGGGAGCACUUUGUGAGUUUUCCUGUAUCAUCAUUUAAACUCUGUGCUCCAAGGUUUCCUCCCCAGCUGCUCAGGAUCUGAAGGUGGUGACGCUGUGAGGGUGUCUGUUUUCGUAUUGAGAUGUAGCGAUCGAGAUUUAGCAGCAUAAUAAUAUAAUAAUAAUAAUAAACUUUAUAUGUAUAGCACCUUUCAUACAGGAAAUUCAGCUCAAAGUGCUUUACAGCAAAGAAAUUGCAUGCACCAAGUGCUUCACAUAAAAAAGACAUAGAAUGAACAUAAAAACAGGGAUAGAAUGGCAUAAUUAAUGGAAAAUAAAAGAAAUACAAAAAAUAAGAUAAAGAUGAGAAUAGAAUACAUACAAUGCAUAAUCCAUAAUUAAUGUAAAAUAAGCUUGAAACAUUUCUUGAGUCCCUAGAAAUGUUGUUAUUAUCAUUCUUGUGCAAAUUAUGCAAAUUAAAAUGUUAUAAAAUUUUCUGUUGAAAGUGUUCAGGUCAACAGCUUAAUAUGCAGGAAAAAAGCCGAGUUCCAGAGUAGAAAGCACAUGGACACAAAACUAUCAAGCGCUGUUUGACAACUGAUUUUUGUCUUCUGUUGUUUUAUAAACAUGCUAUACACCUGUUAAAUGUGUUCUAUUAUGUGAUGGAAUUUUAAAAAAAUUAAAAGUAUAAUAAAUGAACCAAGAUGACUAA